UCCAUCCAUCCAUCCAUAACCUCCACGCAACCAACCUCACCCUCACCCUCACCCUCACCACCACCAACAACCACCACCCACAACCACCACCCACAACCACCCACCCAACAACCCACCCAAAAUGCCCCCCAAACCACCCCCCCUAACCCUCAUAGUCGCCACCACCCCAAUCCCCUCCACCCCCACCACCACAACAACAGGCCACCAAACCGGCCCCCUCCGCCUCGGCAUCGGCCAAAACGGCACCCUCCCCUGGCCGCGCAUCAAAACCGACAUGUCCUUCUUCGCGCGCAUCACCUCGCGCCCGCCCGCCCACUCUCCCACUGGCAGCACAAACGCCAUCCUGAUGGGCCGCAAGACCUACGACUCGAUCCCGGCCUCGCUGCGCCCGCUCGGCAAACGCAUCAACGCCGUGAUCACGCGGUCCGUCGAGGAGGUCGCGCGGCGCGUGCAGCACGACCUCGACGGGAAAAGGCGGAAGGAGGAGGAGAAAAUGCGCGCGGCGGGGCAGGGCCAGGACCAGGGCCAGGGGCAAGCGCCAGGGCCGCAAACCGACGCGAUCGUGUGCGCGGGGUUGGAGGAAUCACUCACCACGCUCGAGGCGAGGUACGGCGCGGAGGGGAAACUGGGACAGGUGUUUGUGAUUGGCGGGGCGGAGAUCUAUGGUGCGGCGUUGCGGGUCAAGACGCGCGGGGUGCGGAUUGUGAUGACGUUUGUGGAGAAGCUGGCGUUCCAGGAGGAUCGCGGGCGGGUGUUUGAGUGUGAUACUUUUUUCCCUGUGGAUGAGGAGUUACUCCAGGAGAGGGGGUGGAGGAGGGUGAGUGCAAGGGAGGUGUCGGAGUGGGUGGGGGAGACGGUCACGGAUGAGUGGAUUGUGGAGGGGGAGGUGAGGGUGAGGAUGGUGGGGUAUGAGCGUGUGGAUUGAUCGGUCUCUAUCAGGGAGAAAGGGAAGGUAAUGUGGAGGUAGUGCAAGCGACAAUGUACAGUCUGUAUGCAAGGUAUGUACGGCGCCAUUCUGGAGCCAGGGUCUAAAUACAGGAUCAUAUGCAACAGAAACAAACGCUGAACCAACUCCGAGCUAAUUUACAGUAACAAAUCUAGAUAACCGCGCAGGACCAAUUCAUAAAACGUAUCCACCGAAAAGCAAACUACUCGUUCUGCUUCAUAUACUUCACAAACGCUUUCUUAUGUACCAGGCCGGCGUAGUGUCCAUCGUGGAGAACACACAGAUACCGCAGGCCCAGCUUCGCAAAGCACUGAUACACAAGAUCAAUCGGGGAAUGGAU